AAAGACUCCUUUAAACACAACCGUUAGUCGCCAUUUUGAAGAGCUCGACCUGCAAACACCGGGAGGAGACCGUUGUUGCGCAGCAAUUUAUAACGCUUUUGUCAUUUUAACUGUAGUUUUCACUGAUAUAAGGAUUAAUGUCUCGAUUCAACAACAAUCGCGGCGGCUUUGGGAUGAAUAAUUUCCAGCAACGGAGAGGCUCAUUCGGGGGCAUUGGGCCCGGCGGGCCGAUGCGGGGUGGGCUAAUGGGAAACCCACAUUUCAGGAACCAUCCAUUUCAGAAUCAGAACCAAAAUCGGAGGGGAACAAACAAUAACUUCACCAGACCGCUUAAUCAAGGACCACAGACUCCCCAGAAGCCACAACUGAACCAGUCGCUGCCAAUUCUGCCUCCACCAAGUCCUGGUCCGGCUCUCACUAUGAAAGGCCCGAUACAGCAGCAGCAGGAGAAACAGGCAAUGGCAAUGGCGACGGCGACGGCAACGGCAACGGCACCGGCACCGGAGCAGCCGAAACCGACAACCCCUGCGCCUCAGCCGAAGAUUCAGUCACCCCCUCCAAAACCCAUCAUUGCCUCCCCUCCACCUAGCCAGCCAAACAAGGACCAGAACCAGCAGCUGAAGUCCCCGGUAGCAAAUGCUAACGAGCAGAAGCCGCCUCCACAACCAAGCCCCAAGACAGUCCCCCAACAAGGCCAGAAGACAGUCCCCCAACAAGGCCAGAAGACAGUCCCCCAACAAGGCCAGAAGACAGUCCCCCAACAAGGCCAGAAGACAGUCCCUCAUCAAGGCCAGAAGACAGUCCCUCAUCAAGGCCAGAAGACAGUCCCUCAUCAAGGCCAGAAGACAGUCCCUCAUCAAGGCCAGAAGAUAGUCCCUCAUCAAGGCCAGAAGACAGUCCCUCAUCAAGGCCAGAAGACAGUCCCUCAUCAAGGCCAGAAUACAGGGCCGCAUCAAGGCCAGAAUACAGGGCCGCAUCAAGGCCAGAAUACAGGGCCGCAUCAAGGCCAGAAUACAGGGCCGCAUCAAGGCCAGAAGACAGGGCCGCAUCAAGGCCAGAAUACAGGGCCACAUCAAGGCCAGAAUACAGGGCCACAUCAAGGCCAGAAGACAGGCCCGCAUCAAAGCCAGAAUACAGGGCAACAUCAAGGCCAGAAGACAGGGCCACACCAAGGAAUGAGAACAAACCCUUAUCAAGGACAGAGGAUGGGGCCACCGCCAAUGAAGCCCAGACAGGAGCAAGAUAAAAUGACUCCAAAGAAUGAUACAUCUGGGUCAGAUGGGAGUCAGGAAAAGGCGUUCAAGGCAACGCUCUCUAUGCUGCUGAAACCCGGCGAGAAGACGUACACGCAGCGGUGUCGUCUGUUCAUCGGAAACCUGCCCAACGACAUCACUGAGGAAGAUUUCAAAAGGCUGUUCGCCAAAUAUGGAGAGCCCAGCGAGGUCUUCAUCAACAAGACCAAAGGCUUUGGUUUCAUCCGAUUGGAGUCGCGUGCUCUUGCAGAGAUAGCAAAAGCCGAGUUGGACGAUACGCCGAUGAAAAGCCGACCCCUGCGCGUCCGUUUUGCCACACACUCCGCUGCUCUGUCCGUGAAGAAUCUGUCGCCGUUUGUGUCCAACGAGCUCCUGGAAGAAGCUUUCUCGCAGUUCGGAAUGGUCGAGAGAUCCAUCGUCAUCGUAGACGACCGUGGCCGCGCCACCGGCAAGGGCAUUGUCGAGUUUGCGUCCAAACCUGCAGCCAGAAAGGCCCUGGAUCGGUGCAACGAGGGCGUCUUCCUGCUUACUACGUCACCCCGGCCCGUCGUUGUCGAGCCUCUGGAGCAGUUUGAUGAUGAAGAUGGUCUUCCAGAAAAGCUGGCACAGAAGAACCCCAGAUAUCAAGCAGAGCGUGAGGAACCUCCUCGUUUUGCUCGUCCCGGCACCUUCGAAUACGAGUACUCCAAACGCUGGAAGUCCCUGGAUGACAUGGAGAAGCAGCAGAGGCAGCAGGUGGAGAAGAACAUGCGCGAGGCCCGCGAGAAGCUGGAGAGCGAGAUGGAGGACGCGUUCCACGAGCACCAGGCCAACCUGCUCAGACAAGACCUGCUGAGGAGACAGGAGGAGCUGCGACGCAUGGAGGAGAUACACAGUCAGGAGAUGCAAAAGAGAAAGGAGAUGCAGAUCAGACAAGAGGAAGAGCGCCGCCGGCGAGAAGAGGAGAUGAUUCGCAAGAGGGAUAUGGAAGAACAGAUGCGCCGCCAGCGUGAUGAGAACUACAGGAUGGGCAACUUCAUGGAUAGGGACAGAGAAAUGAGAAUGAAUCCCGGUGGAGCUUUGGGAAUGAGUGGUGAUAUGCCCUUCGGUGGAGCCAACCAGAAGUUCCCCAUGGGCGGACUGGGCUUUGAGGGGCAGAAGGGAAUGGGACCAGCCGCAGGAGGCCUGAUGGGCAACGAAAUGCGCAACGAGCGCUUCGCCCAGGGCGGUCCUAGGGGAAUGGGUCCUGGUAACCCCGGGUUCGGCAGGGUCCGCGAGGAGUUUGAUGGUCCUGCUAAGAAACCCCGCUUUUAAAAACGCUGCCCUUUGAUGCUCCGAGCAGCACCAUUUUGUAUAAAUUCUCCACAACAAACAUGUUGAGACGCAUUUCUUGUAUUUAAGUUCAAAUUGUUGCUACAUUUUAGCCUGACAAUUUACUAAUUUUAUGACAAAGUUGAUAUUUUCCCCUUUUUUAUUUUGUAUUGUCAGUAGUUUGGAAAGAUAGGACACCCUCGUGUGAUCUUUAGUUCUUUCUGAUCAUGUAUAAUUUUCUUUUCUAGAUGUAUUAUGCUCUGUGAGUCGCCGUGAACUGAUGACUGUAACAAUUCUCUCUACCUUCUAUGGCUAUGUUUUGUGCCAUACACUUGGAGUAAGCAUGUAUUAUAAUAAAGAGACAUUGGUUGUAUCAGGGCAAA